GUUGCGUCUAUGGGUUUAGAAACUCAGGGGUUUAGCUUCGGAAUCAAUAGCUAUUUCUAGUUGUUUUAUCAAAGUUAGCUGGCUAACUCAUUGAUAGUAUACACCUCUGUAAAACAGAUAGACAAAAUAAAUGGAUAUAUAGAUCAGGCCCACUGGAUUCUCCCGGGUGCGAGCGUAUUAAUGGGCGUAAUCAAGAUAACCAAUAGCAAGGGGGUGGGCGAGUCGUUUGAGUGGGUCAGACGUCUCAGGUAAAUAGACAGCUAGCUUGUCUUUCAAACCCCAGACUUUUUUCUGUCAUCAACCGUGACUGCAAGCUAGGGUGCACAGAAAACAAACAAAAAACACGAUCUGAGGGGGACCUCCGUCAUCUCACAGUACCCAGCUAGCUAAUUACGUUGAUUGAAGAAGAUAGUUAUCUGCCAGCAAUAGUCAAUAGCGACACCCGACACUCCUGGUAACGUCAGACAGCCACAGAUAGUUAGCUGGGAGACUUUCAAGCCUAUUCAAGCGUGCUAACGUUAGGUUUGAAGCGGUAAGAUGCUGCUGCAGGUUGGAGGCAUGCGUUCGGCCCUGGGGCUGCUGGCUGUCAGGAGAGCAUGCUGCCUGUCCCGUUCCAACCACACCUCCCCUCGUACUCUGGAGUACAAGCCCAUCAAAAAGGUUAUGGUGGCCAACAGAGGUGAGAUUGCUAUCCGUGUGUUUCGGGCCUGCACUGAGCUGGGGAUCCGGACGGUGGCUGUCUACUCUGAACAGGACACAGGCCAGAUGCACAGGCAGAAGGCAGAUGAGGCUUACCUCAUAGGGAAGGGCCUGCCGCCCGUGGCUGCCUACCUGGACAUCCCUGACAUCAUCAAAGUGGCCAAGGAGAAUGAUGUGGAUGCCAUCCACCCUGGGUACGGCUUCCUGUCUGAGCGAUCAGACUUUGCCCAGGCGUGCGCCGAUGCUGGGGUACGCUUCAUUGGCCCUUCCCCUGAAGUGGUGCGCAAGAUGGGAGACAAAGUGGAGGCUCGAGCCAUCGCUAUCCGUGCAGGGGUCCCAGUGGUACCAGGGACAGACGGCCCCGUCACUUGCCUUUCGGAGGCCCAGGAGUUUUCCAACACCUAUGGCUUUCCCAUCAUCUUCAAGGCUGCCUACGGCGGUGGGGGCAGGGGCAUGAGGGUGGUCAAAGAGUACGAGGAGCUGGAGGAGAACUAUCAGCGUGCGUACUCUGAGGCCCUGGCUGCGUUUGGGAACGGUGCUCUGUUUGUGGAGAAGUUCGUUGAGAGACCCAGACACAUUGAAGUGCAGAUCCUGGGUGACAAGUAUGGUAAUAUUAUCCACCUGUAUGAGAGGGACUGCUCUAUCCAGAGGAGGCACCAGAAGGUGGUAGAGAUGGCCCCGGCUGUACAACUGGACCCACACCUCCGGGACAGACUCACAGCUGACUCUGUCAACCUGGCCAGACAGGUGGGCUAUGAGAACGCUGGCACGGUGGAGUUCCUGGUGGAUAAACAUGGAAGGCACUACUUCAUCGAGGUCAACUCCCGCCUGCAGGUGGAGCACACCGUUACCGAGCAGAUCACGGAUGUGGACCUGGUUCAUGCUCAGCUGCACGUGUGUGAGGGGCGUAGCCUGCCAGAGCUGGGCCUGAAGCAGGAUAAGAUCCGGAUAAAUGGCUUCGCCAUCCAAUGCCGGGUGACCACAGAGGACCCUGCCCGUGGCUUCCAGCCUGACACUGGACGGCUUGAGGUGUUCCGGACUGGAGAGGGCAUGGGCAUCCGUCUGGACAGUGCCUCUGCGUUCCAGGGGGCCGUCAUCUCCCCCCACUACGACUCCCUCCUGGUCAAAGUCAUCGCCAGCGGGAAUGACCUGCCUGCCGCCGCUGCCAAGAUGAAUCGGGCGCUGGCAGAGUUCCGUGUCCGCGGGGUCAAGACCAACAUCCCCUUCCUCCAGAACGUUCUUAGUAACGAUCAGUUCCUGUAUGGCACCGUUGACACCCAGUUCAUAGAUGAGAACCAGGAGCUCUUCAACCUUAAGCCGGUCCAGAACCGAGCCCAGAAGCUGCUGCACUACCUGGGUCAUGUGAUGGUAAAUGGCCCCACCACUCCCAUCCCAGUGAAGGCCAAGCCCUCCUCUAUCGAUCCUGUGAUCCCACCCAUUCCUCUGGGUGAGCCUCCAGUUGGGUUCCGUGAAGUCCUCUUAAGGGAGGGUCCAGAGGGCUUUGCCAAGGCGGUGCGUGCCCACAAGGGACUGCUGCUCAUGGACACCACCUUCAGAGAUGCCCACCAGUCUCUCCUAGCCACACGUGUCCGCACCCACGACCUCAAAAAGGUCGCCCCCUUCGUGGCCCAUAACUUCAGCAAUCUCUUUAGCGUGGAGAACUGGGGAGGUGCCACUUUUGAUGUGUCAAUGCGUUUCCUGUGCGAGUGUCCAUGGAAACGACUGCAGGAGCUGAGAGCUCUGCUGCCCAAUGUGCCUUUCCAGAUGCUGCUGAGAGGAGCCAACGCUGUGGGCUACACCAACUACCCCGACAACGCAGUGUUCAAGUUCUGUGAGGUGGCCAAGGAGAACGGCAUGGACAUCUUCCGUGUUUUCGACUCUUUGAACUACCUGCCCAACCUGAUGCUGGGUAUGGAGGCUGCUGGGGCUGCCGGGGGGGUGGUGGAGGCCUCCAUCUCCUACACAGGAGAUGUGUCUGACCCCAUGAGGCAGAAGUACUCUCUGGACUACUACCUGAAGUUGGCUGAUGAGCUGGUCAGAGCUGGAACACACAUACUGAAUGUCAAGGACAUGGCAGGGCUGCUGAAGCCUGAGUCUAGCCGGAUGCUGAUUGGUGCUCUGAGGGACCGUUUCCCUGACAUGCCCAUUCACGUCCACACCCAUGACACGGCAGGCGCCGGCGUGGCCGCCAUGCUGGCAUGUGCCGAGGCCGGGGCCGACAUCAUAGACGUCGCUGUGGACUCCAUGGCUGGGAUGACAUCGCAGCCCAGCAUGGGAGCCAUUGUCGCCUGCACCAAGGGAACCAAAUUCAACACAGGCAUAUCUCUGGAGAAUGUCUAUGACUACAGUGAGUACUGGGAGGUUGCUCGUGGGCUCUACGCACCAUUUGACUGUACAGCCACUAUGAAGUCUGGCAAUGCUGACGUGUAUGAGAACGAGAUCCCUGGAGGCCAGUACACCAACCUGCACUUCCAGGCUCACAGCAUGGGCCUGGGACACAAGUUCAAGGAGGUGAAGAAGUCCUACACAGAGGCCAACAAGCUGCUGGGUGACCUCAUCAAGGUGACCCCCUCCUCGAAGAUUGUGGGCGACCUGGCCCAGUUCAUGGUGCAGAACUCUCUGACGAGGGCAGAGGUGGAGGAGAGGGCUGAUGAGCUCUCCUUCCCCCUCUCUGUGGUGGAGUUCCUGCAGGGCCACAUUGGCAUCCCACACGGAGGCUUCCCUGAACCCUUCAGGUCCAAGGUGCUGAAGAAUAUGCCACGGGUGGAGGGCCGCCCUGGUGCCUCUCUGCCCGCCAUGGACUUCCAGGCCCUAGAGAAACAGCUGCGAGAGACACACGGAGAUGACAUUACUCCCGAGGAUGUGAUGUCAGCAGCCAUGUACCCCAAGGUGUUCCAGGAGUUCAAGGAGUUCACCCAUCAGUUUGGCCCCGUGGACUGCCUCAACACACGCCUGUUCCUCGAUGGACCCAAGAUUGCUGAGGAGUUCGAGGUGGAGUUGGAGCGAGGGAAGACCCUCCACAUCAAAGCCCUGGCCCUGGGAGACCUCAACAAGGCUGGCCAGAGGGAGGUGUUCUUUGAGCUGAAUGGAGCGCUCAGAUCUGUCCUGGUCAAGGAUACAGUGGCCAUGAAGGAGAUGCACUUCCACCCCAAGGCGCUGAAGGACGUGCGUGGCCAGGUGGGGGCGCCCAUGCCUGGGAAGGUGGUGGAGGUGAAGGUGAAGCAGGGCCAGACGGUGGAGAAGGGCCAGCCUCUGUGUGUGCUCAGCGCCAUGAAGAUGGAGACAGUGGUCAACUCUCCACUCUCCGGCACCGUGGUCAAGAUUUACGUCAAUGCCGACAGCAGCCUGGAGGGAGACGACCUCAUCCUGGAGAUCACCGAGUAGGACAGGAAAGGCCACCAGCAGGAACCAUUAACCAUAGCACAACCUUAGCACAACCUUAGCGCUUCAAGUCACACAUGCUAAAGUACAAGUCCAACUGUAGAAAAGACAGAUAUAUUUUUGAAAUUCUGGAAAAUAUAUAUAGUAUGAUUGUAAUCAAGUAACAUUUAGUUGGUUUGUUUUCUUGUUGGAGAGCUUCCUAUGAUGUUUGCACUUGUGUGAUAUAUGCGGUAAUCCACUCACUUUAGAAACCGAAAAGUACAAUCAUUAACCAUUAAUCUUGACUAAUCUGUAAGAUUUCAAUGUACGUCAUUCUCGAACGCGUUCACGAAGAGUGAAAUUGCUGAGGCUAUGCGAAUGAAAAAAUGAUUUCAUUAAUAAGUAGAAAGCAAUUGAUAAGCAGUAGACAUUCAGGUAUUUAAUGCAAUGUAAAAUAUUGGCUUAUCAUGUUUUAAAUUCCACAACAUUUUGGGCCAUCCCUGUACGAGCAUCACCCACCCUGGUUUUGAUAAUUUGAUAUGUUUAAAUAUAAAAAUGAAAGUUAACGUAAAUGUAAUAAUAUAGAUGUUCAACCAUAAGUGUUCUUUCCAGCCUCCAUCUCACUACGUUGACCGAGUAAAGAUGUUUUAAGCAUCUACUCUCAAUACAUGUGUUCACUCAUUGCGUUACUUUCACACAUUUUUCCCAACCCGUUUUAAAAUUAAACAAGCUUUUACUGUACAAUUCCCUAUUGAAUCAUAAGUGACUCAGUUGACCAAAACUGUUCUUUUCGAUAUGGAACCUAAAAGACCAUUCUUUAUUUUGACCAAUUGCUUUGCUAUGUACAUGAAUGCAAAUAUUCUUGAUAUUGAUAUUAUGGCAACUCGCUGUGAAUUCUAAACAUAGAAAUGAAUCAUACUGAAUUGGACAUAUUUAGUUCUGGUACUCAUUGGGACAGACUGGACUCUGGUUAGAUUUACAGAUUGUAGGGGGUAGUUUUAAUGUGCUUUAUCUGUGAUAGUAGAUUACUAAGGGGUUGUUGUUGUUUUUUCGCCCAUCCGUCCGCCCUCUCCCUCCCCAUUUACUCUCCCUCCCCCAAUUGUAAACCUGAAUAAACUAUGACAAAAUAAUUGGGGCCAAUUUUUUUAUUUCUUUUAUUUUUUGUGUGGAGAGUAAAUGGUAGGCUAUAUUUGAAUGUUACUGCUGUGUAUGGCAUGACCUUACAGUACAUGCUGGGCAAUUCCUGAGUGCUCUUAACGGAUGUUAAAUGUUUACAGAUUCUCAUUCUGUCACAACUGUCAUGGUAAUCACUUAGUGUGACUGUUCACAUCUGUGGUGAGUGUGUUGAUGACCAUGAACAUUGGUUAUGUAAUGCAGUAUUUGCAGUGCAAAGGGAAUUGUGAAAUGUUAUUGAUUUAAGAUUUUUUUUUGACACGUCAAAAAUCUGCAAAGGCAUGAGUAAAAUAAAAAAAGUACUAAUUU